UUUCUUAUAGCUUUCUAUAUAUUUAUAGUCUCUUUUUUUCCAGGAAGUACGGUAAAGAGGAACCACACCCCCUUUUCCAUACUGCUUUCUGAUUGGGUUAUUCCCAUCACGUGAUCCAGAAGUGAAAGGAUUCUGGUUUUUCCGGAGGUGAACCUGAAGCCAUCAUCAUGCAGAGCACAGCCAACUACCUGUGGCUCAUCUCAGACCUGCUGGGCCAGGGAGCUACAGCUAACGUCUACCGUGGCAGACACAAGAAAACGGGGGACCUAUAUGCGGUGAAGGUGUUCAACAACCUCAGUUUCCUGCGACCACUCGACGUCCAAAUGAGAGAGUUUGAGGUCCUGAAGAAACUCAACCAUAAGAACAUCGUCAAGCUGUUCGCUGUGGAGGAGGAGUCCAACACCCGUCACAAGGUGUUGGUGAUGGAGUAUUGUCCCUGUGGGAGUCUGUAUACGGUGCUGGAGGAGUCUUCUAACGCCUACGGACUCCCCGAGGAUGAGUUCCUCAUCGUGCUACAGGACGUGGUAGCCGGUAUGAACCAUCUCAGAGAGUACGGCAUCGUGCACCGUGACAUCAAACCAGGCAACAUCAUGCGCGUCAUCGGUGAGGACGGGAGGUCCGUCUAUAAACUGACUGAUUUCGGAGCAGCCAGAGAACUAGAUGACGAUGAGCAGUUUGUCUCUCUUUACGGCACUGAGGAAUAUCUGCACCCUGACAUGUAUGAGCGUGCAGUGCUGAGGAAAGAACACCAGAAGAAGUAUGGAGCGACGGUUGACCUGUGGAGCAUCGGAGUCACCUUCUUCCAUGCUGCCACCGGGUCCCUCCCCUUCAGACCCUUCGAAGGACCACGCAGGAACAAGGAAGUCAUGUAUAAAAUCAUCACAGAGAAGCCGUCAGGAACCGUCUCUGGGCAGCAGAAGUUUGAGAACGGGAAGAUUGAGUGGAGCACAGAGAUGCCUGUCUCCUGCAACCUGUCCAAGGGCCUCCAGAGCUUGCUGACCCCAGUCCUAGCCAACAUCUUGGAGGCUGACCAGGAGAAGUGUUGGGGCUUUGACCAGUUCUUUGCUGAGACCAGUGAUAUCCUGCAUCGUACCGUGGUGUUGGUCUUCAGCCUACAGCAGGCUACUCUCCACUACAUCUACAUCCACCAGUACAAUACGGCGACUCUCUUCCAGGAGCUGUUGUCUCGUCGGUGCAGUAUCCCGGUCCACAACCAGGAGCUCCUGUACGAGGGGCGACGCCUACAGCUUGAGCCCAACCGCCAAGCCCAGACCUUCCCGCGGACCUCCAGAGACAACCCCAUCAUGCUGCUCAGCAGAGAGUCCGUAGCUACAGUGGGGCUCAUCUUCGAGGACCCGAGUCCUCCUAAAGUCCAGCCUCGCUACGAUCUGGACCUGGAUGCCAGCUAUGCCAAGACGUUUGCAGGAGACGUGGGCCACCUGUGGAAGACCUCAGACUCCCUGUUGGUUUGUCAGGAGCUGGUCAGGAAGGGAGUCAGGGGACUGAUUGAGUUAAUGAAGGAGGACUACAGCGAGAUGGUACAUAAGAAGUCAGAGGUCAUCCACGUCUGUCACUACUGCUCUCAGAUCCUGGAGAGGACAGAGCAGCUGUACGAGGUGUUAAUGCAGGCCAAUAUGUUGUCGUCGUCAGAAUACGAUGAGAUCUCAGACAUGAGGAAGAAAAUAGUCCUUAUCUCUAACUCCUUAGUCCCCAUGGAACAGACGGUUCAGGACAUCAAGAGUAAGUUCCUGUCAGGUGGUGUUCUGACGGACAGCUGGACUCAAGCUGGAACACACCCUGAAGACAGGAAUGUUGAGAGGAUCAAGGUUCUCCUGGACUCCAUUACAGCCAUCUACCACCAGUUUAAGAAGGACAAGGCUGAGAGACGUCUGCCGUACAACGAGGAACAAAUACACAAAUUUGACAAACAGAAGCUGGUGUUCCAUGCCACCAAGGCCAGGUCUCUGUUUACAGAGGAGUGUGCCAUGAAGUACCGCCUCUUCAUCUCUAAGAGCGAGGAGUGGAUGAGGAAGGUGCAUCACGUGAGGAAGCAGCUGAUUGGUCUAACCAGCCAAUUCAACAGCGUGGAGAAAGAAGUUUCCAUGGUGAUGGAGAGAGUUAUUAAGCUACAGGAGCAGUUACCUGGUAAGGUGCUACCUCUGGCAUCCAGUGGUAUGGUGAAGCCUCAAGCCUACCUCAGCCAGAGCACCUUGGUAGAGAUGACCCUGGGGAUGAAGAAGCUGAAGGAAGAGAUGGAGGGGGUAGUAAAGGAGUUGGCGGAGAACAACCACUUCCUGGAGAGGUUUGGCUCUUUGACAUUGGAUGGAGGAAUGAGAAGUGUGGACCGUAUCUGAGACCAUGUGGCCCCUCGCUACACCCUACACCUUCACCCAACCUCCAUACCCACCCUACACCUUCACCCAACCUCCAUACCCACCCUACACCUUCACCCAACCUCCAUACCCACCCUACACCUUCACCCAACCUCCAUACC